AUGUCGGGCAGCAGCAGCAAUAGCGCGCUUGCAGCGCGUCAAUGCGACGCAAUCUACAACGCAUUGGACUCUUCCAACGACCGCAAAGCGCUGACAUUGGCUGACCAGCUCAUCCAGCGUACCCGCUCUCCAUCCUCCUCCUCCUCCUCCUCAGCAAACGACACGCGAGCGCUGGCGAGCGCGCUGAGAUGCAUCGCGCUGGUCAGGCUUGCGAAUGAAAAGGCGGAUGAAGCGUUGGAUGAGAUGUUGAGGCCCAUUCUCCAUCCCACCACCACCACCACCUCCUCCACCUCCUCCUCACCACGCGCGCACGAUGGCAAUGUGCUGCACGCGCUCUGCAUUGCGCUCUCUGCCAGGGGCAGGCUGGCAGAAGAGGCAGAGGUGGCGUGUCUGCAAGCCGAGCAAACGCCCCGCUCGCUCGAUUUGGGCAAAAAGGCAAUCUUGGCGUGCGCGCGAGCUUCAGCUUGGCAAAAGAUGCACUUGUUGGGCAUCAGGUACUACAACAACCUCAACAAGGCAGCUGAAAAGGAGCACAAGGAAGCGGUGAGGCGCGGCAUGAGGAGCGAAUCGGAUUGGUUCUUUUGGAGCGCAGUGACGGCGUAUCUGCUGUUGGAUAGGAAACCAAUGCAACGCGGUGCGGCACUGGCCUUGCCGUUGGCCAAUCGCAUCGUCGAACAGCACCUCACCUCUUUUCCGCUGGGAAGCACAUCGGAGGAAGAAGUGUGGGUGGCGGUGCAGCUCAAACACAGGCUGGCGCUUAGGGAAGGCGGCAGCAGCAGCAGCAGCAGCAGCGGGCAUGGCUUGACGGCUGCUGCUCUGGGCCUCUUGACGAGCAGCACGGGCAAUGUGCUGGUCAGCAAGAAUUUGGGCCUGGAAGAGCUGAGAAGAGCGUUGCGUGAGCAAGUGGCGGAUGAAGAAGCUUGGAGGGAUGUGUGGAAGGAAGGGCGUGCCAAGUUGAUGAUGGCAAGCUCCUCCUCCAACUGGGCUCACGUCAUGGCCGUCGUCAGAGCUGCGAUGGAGCGGCCGGCAGAGCUGCUGCUCGACACGCAGCUCCUCCUUGCAUCUCUCGCAGCAGCAGCAGCAAGCAACGACCGAACGUCCAGCUUGACCAGGCUGCACUUUGUCAGUGAGGCGCGCAACAAGGAUCUGGCAGGCUCCCUCUUUCCCGACGCUUCACCGCAACAAGCGCAGCAGAGGUCGACGACCGAGCUACGAGCGGCUAUAGAGCAGCAUCUCGCACGCUUCUCCAGUCUGGCUUGCACGUAUCAGGAUCUGCAAGUGUACGCUGCCCACUUGCCAGCGCAGCACAUCCAACAGCUAAGCGCAUCAUGGAAGCGCCGAUUGCAGUCUUGGCCCUGCAAAGAUGCUCGGCCAAUCUUGAGCGACUUGAAGGAAAUGUACACGCAUUUGAACUUGCUCAGGUUAGCAUUGCGCUUCCAUACGCAAAGGGACGCGCCUGCGCCUGCGUCUGCGGAGGAGGAGGAUGACCUCGAGACGCUGCUGCAGAGCUUGCGCACGUGGUGCUUGGCAGGCUACGACUCUGCUUUGCAGCUGGGCAAAGAUGUGCCCACGACAGAGAUGCAGCCGGCAGACGAGUACAUUUACCUCUACGCUCAAGUCCUUCUCUGCGCGCCGCCCAGCGCGACAAGGGCUCCAUCCGCCGCGAGCAUCCUCCACCUUCUAGCCCUUCUUGCCCGCUCUCUCGAAGCGAGUCCUAAAUCGUACAAGUUGCGCAUCCUCUUCGUCUUGCUGCAUCGACUGCUAGGAGCAGACGCGCUUGCCCAAGAGGCUGCUGAUCAGAUAGGCAUCAAGGGUGUGCAGCUGGACACGCUCGGCUGGGUGUUUCAGAGGCGUUUGAAUGUAGCGCUUGGCCGGGGCGGCAAGGAGCAGGAAAGGGUCAAGCGAAGCAAAGUCUACGCGAGGAUCUCGGAGCUCUACAAAGAGAACAAGAAGGAUGUGAGUGUGUAGGUGCGGCAGGGCUCGAUUGGUUCACAGAUGCACAGGAGCCGCUUUGCGCACACAGUUUGCUGCGGAGAUUAGUCAUACAUAUAGGGUUCUUACCUGUAUUGACACCUUUCGCGCGGCGCACAGCUUCCAAAAAUGAUCGCCUCUACGAUAGAGAAUGGGACGUGGUCGAGGGUGGAAGAAUUUGUGGAUUUCAGCGAGCGCUUAGAGAGGUCCAUCUCGCGCUGUCUAUUCGAAAUGGAGCGGAUCCGAGCAGGUGGUCUCGACCGCGUCGAGGUGGAGAGGGUGCUCAAAGACGUGCAAGGCUGGAUAGAAGGUGAGCAGCAGGAGCGCGCCCGCCGACUUCUUGAAGCUCAGCUCAGCUCAGCUCACCAUGCGCCAUCGCCACGCGCUCUUCAGACGGUCUUCACGACCAGAGAGACUUUGACAUUUUGCCUGCGUAUACCUCUGAACCGAUCUGGGACACCAUCUCCGCUGCCAGGACGUGCGGAGCAGCAAAGUCCAAUCCAGGCGUGAGUGACGACAAAGCAUGUUCGCAUUUGCACGUCUUGACCCCUUUGUUCUUGGACUGUUCUAUCAGGUAUCCUACGUCAAAGCCUUUGCAAACUUUUGCGCGAUAACAAACAGUGCGAUCGAUGCCAAUCCAAAAGGGAUAGAAUGGGCGGAAUUAACCUCCGCUGAGAGAGGGCUAGUCGAGUUGGUCAAUGUCUCGCGGACCGGCACGGCCGGCGAGAUUGGACAACAGCUGGACAGCUUCCUACGAGGUGAGGCUCUGGUGCUGGUCUCGCGCUCUCCUACCUCGCUCAUGCCAUCCUGGCCAUCUGCAGAUCGAAAUGCAGAGAUGCUCGCUGCUUCAUUACCAUGCCAAUUGCUUCACAAUCUGGCAAUUUCACUGGAGGUGAGGUCUGCGUCCAUCUUGCAAUCCCUCAUCGAGACGAGCGCUGACGACUUCUCGACACCGCGCUUGCCGCGCCAGGCUCUUCAAGCCCUCCACUCCAUCAAGUCCUCCAAUACAGAUUUGGUGGCCGUCCUGCAAGGUGAGGCUCUCAAAGGCCUGCUGCGCGAACUACAAGCAAGCGCUUCAGAGACUGCCUCGCGACUUUCGAGCGAGAUCCUGCGAGCCUCUGAUCUCCAAGGCUCAGAGCUGCUGUCGCCUCUUGCGGCGCCACCCUUCGACAGGGUGAAAGCAAACGCGCAUGUAGCCUUCGAGCAGGCCUUGGAGUACCUUGUUGAGAGUAUGCAAGAGCACAUCGACAGAUGA